AGCAGGGGAGCCCGGAGCCCGGACCCCGCCAUGGAGGCCAGGCUGCCGUGCACCAUCCUGGGUGUCCUCGUGGUGCUCUGGGCACAGGUGGCAGCAGCCAUGGUGGAGCUGGACCGGCAGAGGAUUGGAGGAUUCUGGCGGGAAGUUGGUGUGGCCUCUGAUCAAAGCCUGGUGCUGACGGCCCCGAAGCGGGUGGAGGGCUUGUUCCUCACCUUGAGCGGGCGUAACCUGACCGUGAAGGUCGCAUAUAACAGCUCAGGAAGCUGUGAGAUAGAGAGGAUCAUGGGAUCAGAAAUAGACACUACGGGAAAAUUCGCUUUUCCUGGCCACAGAGAGAUCCACGUGCUGGACACCAACUACGAGGGCUACGCCAUCCUGCGUGUGUCCGUGAUGUGGCGGGGCAGGAACUUCCGCGUCCUCAAGUACUUCACUCGGAGCCUUGAGGACGAGGACCGGCUGGGGUUCUGGAGGUUUCGGGAGCUGACAGCAGACACUGGUCUCUACCUGGCGGCCCGGCCUGGACGGUGUGCCGAGCUCCUGAAGGAGGUGAGCCUGACCCCCGACCCUGGCCUGCGCUGAAGUCCCCGGGCC